UUACUACGAACGAGAGAGAGGCAGAUAGAGGUUAGAACUGGCUCGCCAGUCGCCAGUCAGUGAAUCAGUUAAAGCCGGCGUGCGGUGCGAUAGCGUUGUCUCGGUUAGACGGUUACGGAAGCGUUCAAAUUUCAUAAAAAUACGUGUUGUAUGUUCGUGUGAUUUUGGCUUUAUAUCGGGGGUUUUGUUCUCGAAAGGUUAGAGCCACGUUGUGAAAUAUUGUGUGAUGUGCGUGGUGAGCUAGUGCUUCCGAGUAAUGUUUAUCAAGGCCGUGCCCGUGGCCGCCGAAGAGGAGCGCCGUGGUUCAGUGUCUAAUUGGUUCUCGUCUUUGAGACGGGGCGGUCGCCGUAAACGUGAAGACAGCGCCGUGCCGACUGUUACUGUCGGUUACGGUUCAUUAGGCAGGCGGAAGGAUGGCGGCCAGGCACGCGGGAAGACGAGAUCGGCAUGGGAUCUCACCACCGUCACCAGGCUGCAACUUAAAGAUGAGCUCGGCGAGGUGGUGGCCGAACUGGAAGCCCUCGAUGGACAGGAGGAGUGCAAACAGAACAGCAAAGCCAAACAGAUGAGCAUAGGAAGGAAGAAAUUUAAUAUGGACCCUAAGAAAGGAAUCGAAUAUCUGUACGAGAAUGGUUUAUUACAAAGGACAGCGGAGGACGUGGCACAGUUCCUUCACAAGGGCGAGGGUUUGAGUAAGACGGCUAUAGGGGACUAUCUGGGGGAGAGAUCAGACUUCAACGAGGCUGUGCUCAGAGCUUUCGUGGAACUUCACGAUUUCACGGACCUCAUACUAGUUCAGGCUUUGAGACAAUUCCUAUGGUCUUUCCGUCUACCGGGCGAGGCUCAGAAGAUAGACCGUAUGAUGGAGUCGUUCGCCCAGCGCUACUGUCAGCUCAACCCUGACAUAUUCACCAACGCCGACACGUGCUACGUGCUCAGCUUCGCCAUUAUAAUGCUGAACACGUCGCUACACAACCCCAGCGUGAAGGAUAAACCAUCGCCCGAACAGUUCGUCGCCAUGAACAGGGGCAUCAAUAACGGAGGGGAUCUACCGCAGGAACUGCUCUUGUCUCUAUACGAGUCUAUAAAGACGGAGCCGUUCAAGAUACCAGAGGACGACGGGAACGAUCUGAUGCAUACCUUCUUCAACCCGGACAAGGAGGGGUGGCUUUGGAAACAGGGCGGAAGGUAUAAAUCAUGGAAGAGGCGAUGGUUCAUAUUGAACGACAACUGCUUGUACUACUUCGAGUACACCACUGACAAGGAGCCGCGGGGGAUAAUACCGCUGGAGAACAUAUCAGUCCGUGCAGCGAGCGACCGUCAGCGUCCUCACUGCCUGGAGCUGUACGCGAGUGGUGGCGCGGAUCUCAUCAAGGCUUGUAAGACUGACUCCGAAGGGAAAGUUGUAGAAGGGAAACAUACAGUAUACCGCAUGUCAGCGGCCACGGCUGAGGAACGCGACGAAUGGAUAGAAUGCCUAAGACGGUCCAUCAGUCACAACCCGUUCUACGACAUGCUGGCACAGAGGAAGAAAAAGGCACAACACAACCUUCACUCCGGAUCACACUAGCGUUGGCACACCGAGCAUGUUUACUACACUGUGGCACAGAUUAUACAUACCUAGGACAUUAAGUGUGGCUUUGGUGACGUCAUCGCCUCAACUAUACCGGGCCAAUGAUAUGAUACAACAAAUAUUGAGCUACAAUUUUAUAAGUCGGUUUAACAUCAUGCCUACCUCAUGUUGUGGUAUUAGUCACUGGCAUUGAUGCGUUCGGGACGUGUCGUGUUCUGAGUUGCAAUCGUCCGAACGGAAUUAUCAUAACACCAAUCGAAACCAGUUAAUUUAUAUGAGUAAUAAUAAUAUAUUGUACUCUAAUGAUUAUAUUAUAUGAAAAUACAGCUAGUGGUCGGACAAAUUACGUUUAUUAAGGGAUGGUUUGAAUGUUAUAUUUAAAGACGUAAGUGUAUCGAAUGGUUUGUCACUUUCUAUUCGAUUGAUAAAUAUUAUGAUUAGAAAGAGAUAGGAAAUAGCUUUAGGGCGCUGUAAAUAUAGAGAGUAACGAAGUAUGAGCCGACCGGCAACUGAGGUCAAUGAACACAGACAAGUAAUAAAUUAUACGAAUACAAUAUUGAACACUUCAUUGAAUUCGUCAUACAAGUUCACAACAGUGCCCCUACCAUGAGUUUCUAUCGACAAUCUAAACAGUUUUCAGUCUCUCGUUUAUUAAUCUGAAAACGUAUUAUCAACGCAGUUAUUUGAAUGAAAAACUUUAAACUGUCUGCAUUCAGUUCGUCGUGGACACUGAUGGUAGGGGUGUAGAAUCCUGAUCGAGUCGUCCAUCGUGAUCGUUCUGUCUUAAUAAAUGUGAUGCGUAAUAUACUUGUGCAAUGAUUUACAGAAAAUUACAAUAACACAAGUAUUUUCCGCAUCAUAUUUAAAUACAGCAUAUACAUAUAAUAUUGUGAUAUUUACAUGUAAUUGUUUUGUGCGUCCGUGCAUCACAAACGUUCUUAUUAUUGUCCAUGUAUAUAACGAAAGCAAGACUGAAACAUUGUUUGUACGAUAACGAAUUUUUUAUAUGUAUUUUCAUUUUAUUUUUUGUACAUCGUUUCCAUAUCAUGUAUUAAGUCGCUAAACGUCUAUUGUUUCAGUUCGUAUUGAUGACAGCUUCGAUGUAUUUAUUAUAGAAAAUUAAUAAAUUACUUUUUUUUUGGUGAAUAUUUAUAUUAAUUCUUAUUGAAAUUGCUUUUCGUUGCUUCGACAAUAAAGUUUGAUACCAUUACCGGGCGACCAUUGAAUGUUUACACGGUUGCCCGGAUAGUCCUAACGAUUGUAUUCUGUUAAGUAUUAUAAUGUAUAGAUAUCUAGUAGUUAAUGUAACAUAGCGCUGCUCGUGGUGUAAAUACGGCUUAAACGUUUAUUUUUUUUUUUAAUAUAUUUAUCAUACUUUUUUUUUUGGUAACGCUGAAUAUUAUAGAAUUGUAUGUUAGAUUCCGCGUUUUUUUUUAUUAUAUAUAUAUCAUAUAAUAUAAUUCUAAACAAAACUUCUACGUAUAAUAAAUUAUUGUCUUUAGUCUCUAAUACUAUUUAAUGUCUACUGGAUCUUAAUCUUAAUAUUGUUAUAUUUGUAACGGGACGUGUAUGUAUAUUUGCUUGUUGAUUAUCUGUGUAAUGGCAUCAUUAACACAAAUCACUCGGUUAGACUCGUAUCAGCUGCGUUUAUCCAUUGGAUGUGAUUAUGCAAUAAUUUGUUCUUCAUUAAUUUAUAUAUAUAUUUAAAAAUGGCCUACACUGCACAAUGGCUAUAUAUAAAAAUUUUCUUUUACUAUAUGUAUGGAAGUUCAUUAGUUGCAUAGUACACUCGCUGUGGACAACAGGACAUGUAAAUAUAGUUUUAGUUUUAUUAACCGUAUUUAGGGAAAGGUGCCUAACGAUCUGUUAUAGUUUUAUAAUAAGGGUAAAGCUGUGUAAAUUCGCGUGGCAAAAAUAUUAAUUUAUCUCAAUUGUAAUGAUUUAUAUGACAACUGAUAUGCGCAUAAUAAUGAAGUUGUAAAUAAUUUUGUAUGAAAGGAAUACAUUAUUAUCAUUA